UUUUAUUUUGCAGUCCGUCGACGGAAGUUGUGUGACAUGACGUAAUUGCUCUGCGACGCUUCCUAGAACGAACUAGUGCCGUUUGCAAGUUCGGCAGCCGGCUGCUGUUUGGUCGUUCUGCGCGUGUUAACCGUCAGCCUGCGCCGUGUCCUCGCAUCAGGAUGACCGACAAAGAGAGAGACUCUGCUGCCCAAAGCAGCAGUAGGAACAAGGAGACGGAAAAGAAGAAGCGCUCGCGCGUCAAACAGCUGUUGGGAGACGUGAAGAAGCAGGUGGAGUUCUGGUUCGGAGACGUGAACCUCCACAAGGACCGGUUUCUGAGAAAGCUCAUAGACGACUCAGAUGAUGGAUACGUCGACAUUUCUGUGCUGGCGAGCUUUAAUCGAAUGAAAAAGCUGACGACUGACACCAAGCUGAUAGCGAGGGCUCUGAAAAAUUCAUCUGUGGUUCAGGUUAAUCUGGAGGGAAACAAAGUCCGGCGUCGGCUGCCAAUUUCAGAUGUACCGAGUGAUGUAGACAGCCGCACAGUCUAUGUGGAACUUUUGCCUAAGAACGUGAGCCACAGCUGGAUCGAGAGGGUCUUCACAAAAUGUGGGAAUGUGGUUUACAUCAGCAUCCCCAGAUACAACUCUACUAAAGACCCCAAAGGCUUUGCAUUUGUCGAGUUUGAGAAGGAGGAAGAAGCCCAGAAAGCCAUUGAGAUGCUGAACAACCCCCCCGAAGAUGCUCCUAGGAAGCCUGGGAUUUUCCCCAAGACAAAAAGCAGGAAACCAAUUCCUUUUCCAGCUGACAACCAUCCGUCAGGUGAAGAAAAAGAAGAAGAAAAGAAAAAGAAGAAGAAGAAGAAAAAGAAAGAAGGGGCCACAGUACCGAUGUCGACUGAAGAAACCAAAGAGCAGGUGAUGGAAGCAGAGGUGUCGGAACCAAAGAGGAAGCGCUCGGCAGAAUCUGCGGCUGCCGGUGCUCGGAGUACAGUCAAACUGUCGGAGAAAAAGAGACGACGGUCACAGGCGUCAGAAAGCGAAGUCCCGUCAAAGAUACGCAAAACGAGUGAGUGUGGAGAAAAGCAGAAAGUCUUAAUGGCUGCUGAGCCUGCGAAAAGUGACACGGGGGAAGGUGACGAAGAAGGGAAAGAAAACGGAGACGAUUCAAUGGCCAAAGCAAAGAGGAAGAGAAAAAAGAAACACAAAGAGAAGCUAAAAAUAGGGGAGGAAGUCAUCCCACUCCGGGUUCUGUCAAAGAAACAGUGGCUCAAAUUGAAGCAAGAAUAUCUGACCCUGCAGAAGCGCAGCAUGGCCUCCCUGAAAAAGUGCAUGAAUAAAAUAAACGUCAAAGGGGAUCACGGUCCGAUGGACACCAACAACGACGCUCAACAUGAACACGGUGAGAAGAGCGACAAAAAUGAGAAAGCGGUCAACUCUGGUCCUCAGUUCACCAGCGGCGUCAUCGUGAAGAUCACGGACAACAAACCUCUGCCUGGAAGGAAGUUUGUCAAAGACGCUCUGGGCAAAAUAUCAGCGGUGGUGUACGUGGACAUCCUGGAGGGAGACGCCGAGGGCCACGUGCGCUUCCACAGCCCAGAAGAGGCCAAAGCCGUGAGCGACGCCAGAGCGGAGCUGCAGAGGGAGCACAGCUGGAAACUGGAGAUCCUGUCCGGUGACCAAGAACAAAGGUACUGGCAGAAGAUCCUAGUGGACCGACAAGGCAAGCUGAACCGCCCCAGGGAGAAGAAGCGAGGGACGGAGAAGCUGAUUUCCAAAGCAGAGAAAAUCAUCAUGGCCCGAGCGAAGGAGGCGAAUAAGCACAUCCACUUCCCCGACGACUGACUGCAGCCAGUGGAGGUUUGGGGACGGUGGUCCCUUUAGCUGGGAGAGAACCGAACGGUGGACGGGUCGUCGUGCCCUGUUGUUUGUGUUAGCACUGGAGCCAACGUUGUGUUUAUGCUGCUAUGCAUUUUUAAUACGCCUUUUUAAGAACCAGUUGUGUAUAUAAUGUAAAUAUAUUUGAGUUUGACUAGUUCUCUCCUUCAGCAUGUGGCCCAGUCCUGGUAUUUUUUUUAAUAAAAAUGACUUGAUUGAUGAUUUUAA